UGCUGCUGCUGCUGGUGGUGGUGGUGCUGCCAUGGCGGCGGCGCUGUGCUGCGGGCUGCUGGACUACAAGACGGAGAAAUUCGCCCUGACACGGAACCGGCGGGUCGGGCUGCUGCACCGCCUGCUGCAGCUCGCUGUCUUGGGCUACCUGCUCGGGUGGGUGCUGGUGGUGCGGAGGGGCUACCAGGACACGGACGCGGCCCCUCACGUCUCGGUCAUCACCAAGAUGAAGGGGGUCUCGGUCACACGGAGCAAGGACGCGAGCAGCCGGCUCUGGGAUGUGGUCGAUUAUGCGAGUCCUCCUCAGGGGGAAAACGUGGUUUUUCUGGUCACCAACUUCAUUGCCACAGCCAAGCAAGCCCAAGGCACCUGCCCCGAGAGCCCCUCUGUGCUAGAUGGGAUGUGCACAGAAGAUGUGGACUGUCCCGUGGGAAACCCAGUGGUUCAUGGCAAUGGGAUAAAAACUGGAAAAUGUGUGAUGUUCAACGCAACCCAUUCCACCUGUGAGAUCUAUGGCUGGUGCCCCGUGGAGAACAACACCCUGCCCAGGAAACCUCUUCUGGCUGAGGCUGAGAAUUUUACUCUUUUUAUAAAAAACACCGUCAACUUCACCAAAUUUAACUUCUCCAAGGGCAAUACUUUGCAAACCAACGACUCCACCUAUUUCAAGAGCUGCACAUACGAUCCAUUUUUCAACCCUUCCUGCCCCGUGUUCCGUAUUGGCGAUGUGGUAGAGGCAGCUGGGGAGACCUUUGGGGAUCUCGCACUGCUGGGAGGAAGCAUCAGCAUUCGCAUCGAGUGGAACUGUGACCUGGAUCAGCCCAGUGCCCGGUGCCAGCCGCAGUACUCCUUCAUCCUUGUGGACAGGAGGUACAAUUUCAGAACGGCCUCUUACUACUGGGACUCCCAGAGGCGGCCCUACCGGAGCCUGAUGAAACUCUACGGCAUCCGCUUUGACAUCUCCGUGCACGGCCAGGCUGGGAAGUUCAGCAUAAUUCCUGCUGCCGUGAGUUUUGGCACUGGCAUUGCGUUCUUCGGAGCUGCCACAGUGGUCUGUGACCUGGUUCUGCUCUAUCUGGAUACACAGGCUGACUUCUAUUGGAAGGAGAAGUUUGAGGAGGCAAAACCCCCCAAAGGUAAGACAGAGGCAGCAGCUGACCCACAGUGGGCUGACCAAGACAUCAGGAAUGCUCAGUGACGAUCACUCUUCAGUCUGGAGUGACCUCCAGGUAGAUGUGCUGGGGGCACAGCUGCAAGCCCAGUGGAUGUGACCUACUGCUGGCCUGGAUGCGCAUGGUCUGCCCUUCCUGGAGAAAUACUUGUAUCAGCAGGAGCCCUUGGCACACAGAGCAUGUGUUGGGUGUCCCCUUGGCACAACGCACAGCCAUGCACCUCCCAGGAUCGAUGGGCAUUAGCCAAGUGCAGCCAUGCCAUCGAGCUGCUGUGGGAGCUGGAGCUUGCUGGGCAGUGGCUGGUCCAUGCUCAACACAAGAGGCUUAAAGUACUUUGCGCUUCUUCCCUUCCCGGAUGGCCCUUGGGGUUGAUUUCCCAAGGAAAAACAGGGUUGCAAUGGAAUAAAGCUGUUUGGAAAGCGA